UAGGCCUCUUUUUUUUUUUCAUCAUCCAAAACAAACAACUCUCUCCAACCCCUUCCCCCCUUCUCCCUCCAGCAAUAUUACUGCUAAAGUUACACUAAAUAUGGGAAGGCAUUCUUGUUGCUAUAAGCAGAAGCUAAGGAAAGGCCUGUGGUCUCCUGAAGAAGAUGAAAAACUCAUAAAACACAUAACCAAAUACGGCCAUGGCUGUUGGAGCUCAGUUCCUAAACUUGCAGGACUUCAAAGAUGUGGGAAGAGCUGCAGGUUAAGGUGGAUCAACUACUUGAGGCCUGAUUUGAAAAGAGGGACAUUUUCUUUAGAGGAGGAGAAUUUGAUAAUUGAAUUGCAUGCAGUUCUUGGCAACAGAUGGUCCCAGAUAGCGGCGAAGUUACCUGGAAGAACUGAUAAUGAAAUCAAGAAUCUUUGGAAUUCUUCAAUCAAGAAAAAGCUUAGGCAAAGAGGUAUUGACCCCAACACUCACCAGCCGAUCCCUGAGGCUGAAAAUGAAGAGAAAGGAUCAGCAACAAGCAAAAAUAAUGAGAAAACAUCCGAAGGAUCAAAUGAUCAACUGAAUUAUGGUGAAGCUGCUGCUGAGAGUUCUGAACAGAAAAUGGCCGUAGAAAAGCCAAAGCCAUCUUCAGCUGUGACUGUGGACCGCUAUCCGUUAAUAGAAAGCAACUGUAAUAAUAUGACAACAACACCCCCACCGACCCAUGAGUUCUUCUUGAAUAGGUUUCUUACAAGUCAUGAAAGCUCCAACUCCAGUUCCAAGCCUCCUGACUUGCAGGACUAUUUCUCUUUUCAACAGUUGAAUUACGGAUCAUCGACGAACAUUGGGCUUUCCAUGAAUCCAAAUGCUCCUUCCUUCUUCAAUUUAACAACCUCCAGGUCUGCUGAAAUGGUUUCUGAUCAGUUCAAUUCUGCCAUGUCAAAUUCGAUUAUGAGCGCGCCUUCGGCACGUAUGAAGCCAUCCAUUAGCCUUCCAUCAGAAAAUAAUUCACUGGGGAAUUUUAAUGUGAACAAAUUCCCGAGCUGGGAUGCUUGCGCAAUCAGUGCUAACAAUGGUAGCACCAGCAAUGCAAGCAGCAGUAGUAUUGAAUUGCAAAGCAACUGUUCAUUCUUCGACAACAAUGGCUUUUCCUGGGGAGCGGCUGAUUGUGGAAAAGCUGAGAAAGAUAUAGUCCAUAUCCACUCAUCGGUAGGCGACACGGAAGAUAUUAAGUGGACUGAAUAUCUUCAGGCCCCAUUUUUACUCAGUAAUAGUGCUGCUGCAACAAUUCAAAAUCAAACGGCGCAAGAUAUUUACAGUGCCGAGACAAAAUCAGGGAUAAGUUUUACAGCGCCCGAAGGAUCAGUGAGUACUACGACAAGUUGGCUUCAGAACCACCACCAUCAGCAGCAACCGACAAUUCAGGCUGUUGCUGAACUAUAUAAUAAGCAUUUCCAAAGACUUCCUGCUGCUUUUGGUCAAUUUUCUUAGCUUCCCAAUUCAAUUUUGGAGGAGCUACUAAUUAAAACAGGUGUGCGCUAUAGAGUCCAGUCCUCUCUAUUCUUAUUCUGUAAAUAGGUCUAUACAAUCAUAGGAAAAGCAAAUUUAUGCCUGUUCAUCUUCAUCUUCUGUGUAUGAGUUCUUGAUUCUAGAACAAGUCUUCUUCUCUUU